AUAUUAAGCCCUACGAGAAACCGAAUGAAUUGGUCCGAGUAUCAGUAAAUUAGGUAUAAAAAGAAUAGGAGUUGUGAAAUUUAUUUAUUCACUAUAUCGAUAGACGUCGCGUCAGAGUAUACGAGUCGAGAGAUAAGGCAACCGGCUAAAACCAGCGUACGCACCGGCCGCAGGGGGCCGCGCACCGCUUCACACAGCGAACAGCGCUCACACACACACGCACACGCGCAAGCUGAUAACACUCAUAAUAUAUUACUCGUUUAAACAAGAUAGAUAAUGAGUGCAAUGUGUGUUAUGACGCGUUGUUUUGCAGUGUUUAUUCUGGUGACUUUGAUGUCUAUUCAAUAGUGUUAGACAAUAGACUUAUUUCAGUGUGCACCUCAUUUCAAAAAGCAAUUUGAAACGCAUACGCACGCGUUAUUCUCACGGCAGUGUAAUAAAAUACAAAAACAAAUGUUAUGUGGAAAAGUAGGAAAUAUUGAAGACAAUUACCUUAUUUAAUCAAACUUAAUGAAUAGGGUUUGAUUGCAAUCUAUGUUAGCGAGUCUUGUUAAAUAUGAGCUUUCAAGAACAAGGCACAUUAACUGUACUUAGUUAUUACAAUCUAAGUCUACUAACUAUCUAAAAUGCAUACUAUGAUGUAACAUAUGACAAUAAGGAAAAAAUCAGUCUGAAAGGUAACUAAUGCCAAUAAAAGUCCAAUCCCCAGUGGAGACUGAGGUCGCAUCAUAUAAACACGAUGAUAUCAAGCACCUAUUGAACUGAGGCCUAUCGUUCCGGUAUUAACUGGACACCGGCCGAAGCGAGCGGCUGCUGAUAACGUUACCACAUUAUUUACUUCACACCACAUUCUCAAUCAAGCAUCUGCUUUGAACGCGCGAAUUUUUAACCAAAAAUUUCAACGGUUUAAAAUCUUAUUUUGAAAAAGUUUUACAAAUAAAAAAUGCUAACAAUCUAUUAUUUAAUACCGGGUUAAUAUCGUACAUAAAAAGCCGCAUUCGCAGGGGACGAUCCCUUAUCAGUGAUAUCAAUAUAGGAGACGUUUUAUAAGUAGGUAACGCGCUUGCCACACUUCAUUAGACACAGCGACCGCGCAGUGACCAGUAGUAGAAAAAUCUAUAUAACACAGCGUAUAAUAAACGUGCAACAUGUUGGUAUUUCCGCAAUGGAGACCGGAAUUAUCUGGGGAUGGUUGUAGGUUACAACGUUGGAUAUCGACUGAAAGAUUCGCACCUUAUCUAGCCAGACCAGUGCCACUCCCACCGGUAUCAUUACAGAUUGAGGACGAUGAAUCAUCUGGAAGUUUAUCACCGGAAAGGCCCAAUGAUCUUGGGACAGAAAACGAGUGUGUUUGCGAAUGGAGAGGCUGUGGAGCGAGAUUUGAAAGCGUCGCACGUUUAUCCGCGCACGUAGCUCGAAUCCACGCUCACCCCAACACAGAUGGCUUCUUUUACUGUUGUUGGAAAGGAUGCAUACGAUCACAAAGAGGUUUUAAUGCAAGAUAUAAAAUGAUCGUUCACAUGAGAAUCCACACGAACGAGCGACCUCAUACAUGCAACCAAUGUCAGAAAAGUUUUUCACGAGCGGAAAAUCUCAAAAUACAUUUACGCUCGCAUUCCGGGGAAAAGCCGUAUGUUUGUCCAUAUGAGGGUUGUGGCAAAGCGUAUUCUAAUUCAAGCGAUCGCUUCAAACACACGCGCACGCAUAAAGUGGACAAGCCCUACUGUUGCAAGGCACCCGGUUGCAACAAACGCUACACAGAUCCGUCCAGUUUAAGAAAACACGUGAAAGCAUACAAGCACUUCACAAACGACAAAGAAAAUCCCAACCAGGAACCGAAUAACAGUAUUGACAAAAGUCUAUCACCCAUGCGAGAUACCAUUUACGUACCGGAACCCACAUCACCACAUCAUCACAGGAUUAUCAGCCCACAAAGAAUUAUAUCACCGACGUAUUCUUAUUCACAAGUACCAGAAACGUUCACACCAAUCAAUUACAUGACCAUGAUGGACCCAGCCGCCUACAUUCGCCCGGUAGAACCUGUUUAUACCAGAGUUCCCCCUCAAGAGAUGUCCUUUACGGAAUACUCAUCCAUGUACGACCACGCAUAUAGAAAUUAUUACUCGUCAAGAAACGAGUACCCAAUUUUAAGACCAAUUGGGAAUGAAAAUGUUUUCUCCUACAAUGAAACUAGAUUAGAUCAAUCAAUGGAAGAAGUAAAUUAUGUGAAGAGUUCCGACAAGCUAGAAUAUGAUUAUGAAUGUACGCCUUUGAAUUUGAUGUGCUCGAAACGCUCAGAAUGCAAACCCAUCGAUGAGUUAGUCAGGCCAGAAUUACCUUUAGAUUUAAGUACCAAAAGCUGACUGUUAGGUUAUUUAUUUGCGUAAAUAUAUACUUGUUCAUAUUUGUUUGUUUUAUUCUCCUUACUCGAAUGUAAUUAAUUUAAAAUUAGAUGACAAAUAUUAGUGUAACAUUGUUCUCGUUCAUUGUAUUCAGUAAGGUACAUAUUAUCGAGAAGUUAUCGUUGUGCAAAUUCUAUUAAAUGCGUAUCAAAUUUCGAUACGAAUA